AUGGCCGACAUGCUCAAGGCAGCAGGCAAUGCAGCCAUUGCGGCAAAGAACUUUGACAAAGCUGUAGAGAAAUUCACACAAGCUAUUGCGAUCGAACCUACCAACCACAUUCUGUAUUCGAAUCGGUCAGCCGCAUACGCUUGGAAAAAGGACUAUGAAAAUGCGUUGAAGGACGCAAUUAAAGUUACAGAGAUCAAGCCAGGCUGGGUGAAAGGAUGGGGUCGAAAGGCUGCUGCAAUGCACGGUAUGGAAGAUCUCAUUGGUGCUGGCUGGGCAUAUAAAGAGGGAAUCAAGCGGGACCCCAAUAUUGCUCAACAAUAUAGGCCGAUUAUUGCAGCAAUCGACCGCACAAUUGAAGACGCAGCUAGGGCUCCCAUGGAAAAGUUGUUCCGUGAUCCCCAGUUGAUGCAAAAGUUGGCCGCCAAUCCUAAUACCAGCAAAUUCCUAGCCGACCCAUCAUUCAUGGCUAAGCUUCAGCAGCUUCAAGAGAAUCCACGGUUAUCUCGUAUGGACUUUUUCAUGGAACCGCCAACUUUAACAGUGAUGAUAGUCUUGAUGGGAUUCGAGCCAAAGGCACCAGAGCCGGAACCAGAGGACUAG